AUGACCGAGUUCCGAAUGCCCAUGCACCAGGGGCCCCCUCCUCGGAAGCCUAUGCCUAAUACUCAACAUGCAUACUCCUACCAUGGCUACGAUGCCCCCAGAAAUCUUGCGCCUCACUCGGCCGCGCCUUUAACCACUCACAGCCGCACUCGCACUACCUCUUCCAACGUGCUACCAUAUGGCUCGAGUUCCCAUCAUCAUCAUUACCAACACACCCCUCCACCUCCCAUGCCUUCUCAUCCCAUGGGUCCCCCGGCUGGUUUCCCCCCAACACGCCGAUUAUCGAGUACCACCACUUCUACAAACUCCACCGGAAAUGCCAUGCAACACGCAGACCCAGGCGACAUCCGGCGUAGCGCCUCCAACCGCUCGGCGAACUCCCAGCUAGGCUAUGUAGCUCUCAUGCGAAGGCAAAAGGCUACCGUCUGGUGCGACCGGGCACAACCAGAGGAUGCGAGAAUGCGGGAGCAGGCUAUGCGGGAUAAAAAGAGGGCGUACCUUGAGGUUCAUGGCGCUGGCCGCUCAGGCACCUCCUCCAGUGGCAAGAUUCGACAUGGAGCCAAGGCGGGACUCGACUUCUCACCCUCGAACCUGGUCGGUGCAAAGGUUCCCGUUCGACUCAGCGCAAACGAAAUCGGCGACGGGGACGAUGAUGCUCAUAGCAGUGAAGGAGGCAUGAUUCAUCGUCGAACCGGCAGCGGGCGUAGCUCGCUUGGAAGCAACCGGUACCCCAGUGGAUACCAGCGGCAACCGGGUACUAUGGGAAGCAACAGCACACCUCCCAAUGAGAAAACUGACCUGCCAGACGUGUCAGAAAAUACUCCCGCAGAGAUUCACGAAGAGGAAAAGAGCCGUGUGUCAUCAUUGGUCAAGGAUGAUUCUGCAACGACACACAGCAGCGAACAAGAAGAUCUGGUGGGUGAUAUGGAGGCCCCCAGUGCGGCUGUUAUGUCAACCCAAAAGGCCAAAAAGGCCGAUGAGCUACGGCGACGUGGUAGUGUUGAUGAGCGAACUACCUCCAUGACCAAUGUGCGACUCUUUGUGGCGAACCCGGAUCUUAGCGAUUAG